CUCCUCACUCCACUGUCUCCUCAGCUCACCCCUAGGAAAAAUCAAAUUCUGAGCAUUUGUAGCAAAGUUACUUGGAUGUGAAGAAGAGGACUGGGCCCAGAAUCCUUGGUGGUUCGGCUCUGACCCACAGCGAUCCCACCUUUCAAAUUACUUCUUAAAGAAGUAGGAAACAUCGUUGAAAAAGAAAGGAAAACGAGAAGACCCAGAGAUAGCUCAAAGUGAACCCAGCUUCUCUUGGAUUUAGUCUGGAAAUUUCUUCAGGAUGAAACUUCAGACAUUUUGGAUUUUUAUUUGAAUACCAUCUUAACAGAAGUGCAUUCUCAAACUGAAAAGUUUGUAUGGGAUCAAGAAUGAAUCUCAUCGAACACUCCCAUUUACCAGCCAUGGAUGAAUUUUCCCUUUUUGAAAAUUUAUUUGGUGUGCUCUCAGAACAGGCAGCAGGUCCUCUGGGGCAGAACCUGGACACGGAACCGUACUCACAGUACAGCAACGUCCAGUUUCCCCAGGUUCAACCACAGAUUUCCUCAUCUUCCUAUUAUUCCAACCUGGGCUUCUACCCCCAGCAGCCAGAAGAGUGGUACCCUCCUGGGAUCUAUGAACUCCGGCGGAUGCCCCCUGAGACUGUCUACCAGGCAGAGACUGAGGUGGCAGAGAUGCCCAUAACAAAGAAGGCCAGAAUGGGUGCCUCAGCAGGGAGAGUAAAAGGGGAUGAGCUGUGCGUGGUGUGUGGAGACAGAGCAUCCGGCUAUCAUUAUAAUGCACUGACUUGUGAAGGCUGCAAAGGUUUCUUCAGGAGAAGCAUUACCAAAAACGCCAUGUACAAGUGUAAAAAUGGCGGCAACUGCGUGAUGGACAUGUACAUGCGAAGGAAGUGCCAGGAGUGUCGACUAAGGAAGUGCAAAGAGAUGGGGAUGUUGGCUGAAUGUAUGUAUACAGGCUUGUUAACGGAAAUUCAAUGUAAAUCUAAACGGCUGAGGAAAAACGUGCGGCAGCAUGCGGAUCAGACCAUGAAUGAGGACAGCGAAGGACGUGAUUUGCGACAAGUGACCUCCACCACUAAGCCAUGCAGGGAGAAAACUGAACUCACCUCAGAUCAACAGAAUCUUCUACAUUAUAUUAUGGAUUCAUAUAACAAACAGAGGAUGCCUCAAGAAAUAACAAAUAAAUUUUUAAAAGAAGAAUUCAGUGCUGAAGAAAAUUUCCUCAUUUUAACAGAAAUGGCUACCAGUCAUGUACAGAUUCUUGUAGAAUUCACAAAAAAGCUGCCAGGAUUUCAGACUUUGGACCACGAAGAUCAGAUUGCUUUGCUGAAAGGAUCUGCUGUUGAAGCUAUGUUCCUCCGUUCAGCUGAGAUUUUCAGUAAGAAACUUCCAGCGGGGCAUGUCGACCUACUGGAAGAGAGAAUUCGAAAAAGUGGUAUCUCUGAUGAAUAUAUAACACCCAUGUUUAGUUUUUAUAAAAGUGUUGGAGAAUUGAAAAUGACCCAAGAAGAGUAUGCCCUGCUUACAGCAAUUGUCAUCCUUUCUCCAGACAGACAAUACAUAAAGGACAGAGAGGCGGUAGAGAAGCUUCAGGAACCUCUGCUGGAUGUGCUCCAGAAGUUGUGCAAGAUUCAUCAGCCUGAGAACCCUCAGCAUUUCGCCUGUCUCCUGGGUCGCCUGACGGAGCUGCGGACAUUCAACCACCACCAUGCUGAGAUGCUGAUGUCUUGGAGAGUGAAUGACCACAAGUUCACCCCGCUUCUGUGUGAAAUCUGGGACGUGCAAUGAGGGGCCCCGCGGAGGAGGCCGAGCGCCUGGGUCCCCUUGUAACAUAAACCUGAAGAAGGACUUUGCUUUAUUUUGUUUGUACCUGGUGUCACUUAACAAUCCUGAUAAAAUUUACGUAGUAAUUAUGUAACUUCUACAGUUGUAAAUACAGGAGUCGAUAGAAUUACUUUCUCUAUAUUAUGCUUUCCAAGGCUUCAGGGAAUCCUAUAUUCUAACUGGCAUCCCCUGUUUGCCUAAUUAAAUUGAUGCUUCAGUUGUAGCUGUCA